CUACCUUGCGCCCUCCCCCCCUCCCCUCCCCCUUAACCCCGAGGCGGCGACGCCGACGGCCACCGACCUCGCCCCCACGCGACCAUGCGGCUCCCCGGCGGCGCCCGCCUCGCUCUCCUCCUCGCCCGCCGCUCCCUUUCCACCGCCGCCGCCGCCGCCGCCUCCUCCUCCGCCCGCUCCUCCUCCCUCCACGCCUCCCGCGCGCACAGAGCUAGAUGGGGCGACGCGGCCCGCGCGGCGCCCUCCUGGAGGCCGCCCUUCUCGUCGCCGAGCAGGUUCUUCCACGGGACCAGGCCCGUGGCGGUGAGGGACUACUACGACGUGCUCGGUGUGAGGAAGGACGCCGGCCAGGGCGAGAUCAAGAAGGCGUAUUACGCGCUUGCGAAGAAGCUCCAUCCAGAUACAAAUAAAGGCGAUGCCGAUGCAGAAAAAAAGUUUCAAGAGGUUCAGAAAGCUUAUGAGACUUUGAAGGAUGAAGAAAAAAAAGCGGUCUAUGAUCAGGUUGGCCCUGAUCAAUAUGAGAGGGCUGCUGCUGGAGGUGGUGGAGCUGGCGGAUUCGAAGGCGGUUUUGGAAAUCCUUUUGAGGAUAUUUUCGGCACUGGUCGUACUGGCGGAAUGAAUGAUUUCCUCCGGAACAUCUUCAAAGAUAGAGAAUCUGGUGGACAGGACGUUAAGGUUAAGCUUGAGUUGUCAUUUAUGGAAGCAGUUGAAGGAUGCAAAAAGACAAUCAACUUCCAGACUUUAGUAACAUGCGAAACCUGCAAUGGAGCUGGUGUACCUGCGGGAACCAAACCCGAAACUUGUCUAGCUUGCAGGGGUUCUGGAUAUAUGGUUCUGCAAACUGGUCCCUUCAGAAUGCAAUCAACAUGCACGCAGUGUGGUGGAUCUGGCAAGACUGUAAAGGAUUUCUGCAAGUCGUGCAGGGGGAAGAAGGUUGUGCCAGGAAUAAAAACAGUCUCUAUUGAUAUAGCGCCUGGUACGGAUGAUGAGGAUGUCAUGAAAGUGCUUAGAUCAGGUCAAGCAGAUCCAGACGGUCUUCGUGCUGGUGACCUUUAUGUAGCCAUUAAGGUUCGUGAGGAUCCAGUAUUCCGGAGAGAGAAAGGUGAUAUCCAUGUAGAUGCUGUCUUAAACGUGACUCAGGCAAUUCUGGGAGGUACUGUUCAAGUGCCAACUCUCGCUGGAGAUGUUGUUCUAAAGGUUAAGCCUGGUACUCAACCUGGUCAGAAGGUUGUUCUGAGAGGAAAAGGAAUCAAGACAAGAAACUCGUAUUCAUAUGGAGACCAAUAUGUCCAUUUCAAUGUCAAAAUCCCUGUGAAUUUGACGCAGAAACAGCGCAUGCUUCUCGAGGAGUUCGAGAAGGAAGAGAAGGGCGAGGACGACAAGGACGCGGAAAAGGCAGCUGGCGCAUCAGGAUAGCCGGUCUUAGGAGCCAAGCCGCCCAGCAUUUCAUGGGCGGUUUAGCUCAUCACACACCACAAGAUAGAGUAGGAUGCUGCCUGGAAAUUUGCAGGUUUAAGUUAUAUAGUUAGGUUGCAUGGAAUUCGCAUGGCAACACAUAGAUCUUGGUUUCGAGUUAUUGUAGCUGGGAAAUAAUGCUACACCCUGCCGCCUGGCACGUAUUCUUCUCCCAAGAGUGAGGCAUGAGCAUGACGGUUGGCGGCAUCUUGUAUUGUAUAAUUGAUUGAUCUUGUUAUGUUUUAGAGACACACUGAA